UGUCACUGUCAACAAUGGCCCCAGAGGCCUUCCUGGCGGGAGCCCUCAGGGACACAGAGGCAGACAUGCAGACCCUGAGGCGGAAGGCUGCCCGGCCCUAUGUCCCCUCUGGGACCCUCGAAUUGGACUUCCCAGCCCCUCUGUACGGCGAUGACUACCUGUCCCAGGAGGGACCCCGCUGGGCUCCAGCCAUCAAGCAGGCGACGCGCUGGAAGUACACACCCAUGGGACGGGACGCGGCCGGCCAGCCGUGGUACACGGGCCUGACCAACUCGGACCCCCGCGAGGCAUGGUACAACCUGCCCCGGGCCCUGGACAGCCCGCACCGUGAAGCCUACGGCCGCUGGCAUGGCUGCUACCAGCACCGGGAGCGCGGCUUGGCCCCAGCCUACGCGCAGCACCUGCGGGAGAUGGCCUGCUACGACCCCGUGGUCCCCGCCCAGUACACGACGCCGAGCACGCGGUGGGGCACCGCGCUGUGGAAGGACAGGCCCACCCGCGGGAAGGAGUUCGUGCUCAACAGGAACCGGUACCAGGAGGAGCCGCUCUGGCGGGGGUCUGACUACGUGCCCCACCUGUCGGCGCCCCAGCGACCGCGCUACACCAACCAGAGCUACCGCCACUGGGACCUGGAACCCUACUGUCCCUCCACCCGCCAGCGGCCCCCGCUCGUCUACACACCCACCCUCUGAUAAAGAUCGCGCUGCCCCUCCA